UAGAAUAAAAAAGUGAAAUUACACAAACGUAUGUACUCAAUGCAGUGACACGAAUUAUAGGAUUUCUUUAGUGAACGUGAUUUGAAUAACAUGUGACGAUAAGUGUUGUAUUAUGCGGAACUAAAUACGUAACUAAUGGAUGAAGGGGUUAUAUUUCUCCUAUUGCUGCUUACAGCAACAGUAUGGUGUGGAGUGCUUCGUGACGUCAUGGAGGAGCAGGAGGUUCAAUGCCGUUCGUAUAAAGUUAAUGAUCUGGUGUACUUGGACUGUUCUGAACAAGGCAUUAGUGAACUACCAGAGGGAUUAAAUUAUGAGGUGGACGCCCUCAUAUUAUCCAAUAACAACUUUAUUUCAUAUCCGAAAGGAUUGGAAAACUUUUUAAAAUUAAGAAUACUAGACUUAUCAGGAAAUCGAUUGUCAAGACCGUUGCCGAUAUAUUUUGAAAAUUUUCAAGCACUCAGCACAUUAAACUUAUCGAAUAAUAACUAUGAUUCUUGGGUGGAGAGCGAAAUGACACUGAAUUUCAAAAGAUUAGAUCUGUCCAAGAAUAAAAUAAACAAAAUAGAUGAAAAUGCGUUCUCGAAAAUGCCGAAGCUAUCUUUCUUAGAUUUAUCAGAAAACAGAUUAUAUGAAAUAUCAAAAACGAUAUUUUCCUACGCAAACAAUUUAGAUACAUUAAUAUUAACGAGAAAUUAUUUCUCAAGAGUGCCAAGGUUCCAAUCGCAUUCGUUAAGAAAUUUGUAUUUGAGUAAUUGUCAAAUAGCAUCCAUAAGUGAAACAUCUCUCGCCGACAUGAGCUCUCUAGUCUUAAUCGAUUUGUCCAUAAAUCAGAUCGAAUACAUUCCCGAUAAUUUCGCAUCGAACACAUUGCAAGAGCUGGAUUUGAGUUACAACGAGAUAUACAUGCUGACGGACCGUACUUUCUCAUCAUUACCGCACCUUGCGGUUUUGGACCUGAGAGGGAACGAGUUCAGGGAUGUUUGGGCGACCUCUCACUUUGCCUCGAACCCAUUUUUGAGGGAAGUACACGUGAAGGGGAACCGAUGGAGCUGCGAGGGUUUCAGCGUGAACCUGCUCCUAACUUACGAGUUUUUAACGAAGGAUCCCCCAAAAAUUUCAGAUACGGCAUCGCUCAUUUGCUACACGCCCUCAAAUGUGACGCAGCUAAGCUGGCAGCAAGCGUACAUUAGAACGUGGCAUGAUGUGGAUAGUCCACAGUCAAUGUACGGUGUGAUGGCUGUUAUGAUUGGAUUAAUUAUAGGAAUUAUAUUUACUUCGCUCGUGUGUCGAGGAAUAAUGUACUUGAAUAAUUCUGAUCCUCCUCGGCCAAGCCCAGAGACAACUGUUUUAAACGGACCAUUAACACAUGUAGAGGCGGUGGAGACAAGAAUACCUUUGACUGAUGACUUACCUCCUACUUAUUAUGAGGCAUUAUUAUUGCCUCGCUUAAAUUCUUCAUUCCAUUCGUUACCAGAUUUUAUAGACGAAGAAGAAAAUACGAGAAGAAAUCGUCGUUCAAGAUCAAUAGGAGAUUUAACAGAACCUAGACGAUUAGGUGAUAGACGAUCGGUACGACGAACACUGCGGUUAGGUUCAGAAGAAUGUAUUUAUUCGCAAAUCUUUGCUCUUGAAUAUGGAUUGUGGGCUGUAAGAUUUUUCGAGUUUGUUUGCAGUUUCGAUAACAGAGACGUAAUGCUUCUAUUGAAAUUUUUACUUGUUUAUGUUCUCGUUUCAUUAACAAAUUCAGAAAUAUUGGACUUCGAUGAAGGUGGGAGUGAUAUUUGCUACCUUUGUAUUUGCAAUUUUGAUAAGACCAGUGUAGACUGUUCCAGAAGAGGAUUAACCGAUCUUCCAGAUGGAAUCAAUAGUAAGGUUCAGAAACUUAAUAUUUCAAACAAUGAAAUAUCAACAUUUCCAAGGGCUUUUAGUCAAUUAUAUAAUCUGGUAUCGCUGGACAUAAGCGGCAAUCAAUUGAAAGAAAUACCAGCAAAUGGAUUCAACAAUCUUACAACACUAGAAGUACUAAACUUAUCCAGAAAUAACUUUGAAUCAUGGGUGGACCUCAAUCCAAACGAUAUAUUGCAGCCAGCAACGAACUUGAAGACACUAGAUUUAUCUCACAACAAAUUCAAAACUAUGGCGAAUUUAGCAAACCAAGAACUACUUAUGAGCUCAUCGUUAGAAACUCUUAUUGUGGAUAAUUGUGAGAUAGCUUCAAUACACGGAAGAUCACCAUUAAGUGGCCUUACAAACAUACGUAUCUUUAAAAUAAACAACAAUCCGUUGUUGAGAUUUCAAAACCUAGUUUCGCCAACUUUGAAAAGUUUAUAUGUGAGCAAUUGUAAGCUUUCUUAUAUAAAUCCAAAUGAACUCUCAUAUUUACCGUCGUUAGUAUAUUUAAAAAUGUCGCAUAAUUUUCGAUUAGAAAUUUCGUCGACAGUCAAUACACUUUCCUCAGUGUCAUUGAGGUAUUUGGAUAUUUCAUUUUGUAACGUUAUUCAACCCAGCUUAAAAGGAUUUCCUAAUUUAAAGAAAGCUAUAAUUAAUCAUAACAUGAUAAGAAUAUUACCAAAUAACGAAUUUUUGAACAAUAGCAAGCUGGAAUAUUUAGACAUGUCAUACAAUAACAUUGGAUCAAUUACAAGCGACACAUUCAGAGGUUUAACGUCUCUCAAGUCUUUAGAUCUUUCAUGGAAUGAAAUUGCACAAGUACCAGAAAACAGCUUAUUAGAAAUGCCAUCAUUAACACAAAUAAGGUUAUCCAGAAAUUAUCUUACAAAGGUUGGUCACUUAAGGUCGACAUCUUUGUCGGUUGUAGACAUGAGUUCCUGUGAAAUUAAUACGAUAGGAAAGGAUUCGUUGGAAGGUUUACCAUCCUUAGUAGAUUUGGAUCUCUCUCAUAAUCUUAUAUCAAAUAUACCUGACAGUAUUUCUUCAAACUCCCUUAAAUAUUUAAAUCUUAAUUAUAACAGACUUAGCUUGAUUGGUAACUACACGUUCUUUAUGUUGCCUCGCUUAUCAGGACUUGGAGUUGUUGGAAAUAGAUUUACAAUUAUAUGGAGCAGAUAUUUUUUUCAAUCUAAUUUAUACCUGGAGAGACUUGACCUAGGUGACAAUAUGUGGCGUUGUGAUUGCGAUGACGACAACAUGUUUGAUUUUUAUGAAUUUGUUACUCUUGAACCAAAUAAAAAAGAAGAGUCAUACAAUUUAGUGUGUCAUGGUCCACUCGAUGUAGUAGGACAAACUUGGCUCGAAGCGUGCUACUUUACUUGGAAUCCUAGUGAAAGAACAGGGAAUGCCACAAAUUUGAUAUGGUUCAUCAUUAUAAUGAUCGUUGGUCUAGCGUUGUGCCUUGUUUUAGUAAAUGGAAUUAAAACUUCAAUGAACCGUCGUUUGACGGCCAUGCAAGCUGAAAGAGAAAGACAAGUCGAGGAAGCUAGAGAUAGACUUAGACAAAUGAGAAUUCGUGCAGAACAAGAAUCUUUGAUUAAUACGCCCGAUCCUAGAGAUUUAAUUGCACCACCCACCUAUGACGAAGCUCUCUCUAUGCCUAAACUAAAUGUAUCUUGUCAUUCACUAAACGAAACGGGUACAGGCAAGAGCAGAAGAAAACGGGGAAGAAGGAAAACAAAAUCAAGCGGUGAUUUACUCGAAGAAACGGAAAGGAAUGGGGAUGUAAUGGACACUGAUGAAAUGGAUAUGACGGAAACAUCAGAUAAUGGCCGAAGACGACGUCGUCGGAGGUCCAGGAAAUACGGAAGCCAUGAGAUUGCAGAAUUAGAUCAGUCACCUGGAGUAAGGAGAAGGUUAAUGUCUGAUAAUGCUACAGACGAUAGUGUGACAGUGCAAGUUGAGGCACAAUUAGAAAGACCUCAUCAAAAUAGAAACCGCAGACAUUCAGUAGACGAGAUACCAAGAGAGAGCGAUUUUUAAUAUACAGUUUUUAUAAGAUGUCUAAGUGUAGUUUAUAUUUAUUAUUUCUUUUAAGUGAAAAUUAAAUAAGACAAGAAUAA